AUGAUCAAGAGGAAAGCACACCCUGGUGCCAUGGGAGACAGAAGCAGGCUACGUUGGUGUGGUUCCACUGAGAGCUGGAUUGAAAGAUGUCUCAACGAAAGUGAAAACAAACGUUAUUCCAGCCACACAUCUCUGGGGAAUGUUUCUAAUGAUGAAAAUGAGGAAAAAGAAAAUAAUAGAGCAUCCAAGCCCCACUCCACUCCUGCUACUCUGCAAUGGCUGGAGGAGAACUAUGAGAUUGCAGAAGGGGUCUGCAUUCCUCGAAGUGCCCUCUACAUGCAUUACCUGGAUUUCUGCGAGAAGAACGACACUCAGCCCGUCAACGCUGCCAGCUUUGGAAAGAUCAUAAGGCAGCAGUUUCCUCAGCUGACCACCAGAAGACUCGGGACCCGAGGACAGUCCAAGUACCAUUACUACGGCAUUGCGGUGAAGGAGAACUCGCAGUAUUAUGAUGUGAUGUAUUCCAAGAAAGGAGCCGCCUGGGUGAGCGAGACAGGCAAGAAAGAAGUGAGCAAACAGACGGUGGCAUAUUCACCCCGAUCCAAACUUGGAACGUUGCUGCCAGAGUUCCCAAAUGUCAAAGAUUUAAAUCUACCAGCCAGUCUGCCCGAGGAGAAGGUUUCUACCUUUAUUAUGAUGUACAGAACACACUGUCAGAGAAUACUGGACACUGUAAUAAGAGCCAACUUUGAUGAGGUUCAAAGUUUCCUUCUGACUUUUGGCAUUUUUUUUUGAAUGCCGCCCCACAUGCUGCCCGUGCUGGGCUCCUCCACGGUGGUGAACAUCGUCGGCGUGUGUGACUCCAUCCUCUACAAAGCUAUCUCCGGAGUGCUGAUGCCCACCGUGCUGCAGGCAUUACCUGACAGCUUAACUCAGGUGAUCCGGAAGUUUGCCAAGCAGCUGGAUGAGUGGCUAAAAGUGGCUCUCCACGACCUCCCAGAAAAUUUGCGGAACAUCAAGUUUGAACUGUCAAGAAGGUUUUCCCAAAUUCUGAGACGGCAAACAUCACUAAAUCAUCUUUGCCAGGCAUCUCGAACAGUGAUCCACAGUGCAGACAUCACUUUCCAGAUGCUGGAGGACUGGAGGAACGUGGACCUCAACAGCAUCACCAAGCAAACCCUUUAUACCAUGGAGGACUCUCGCGAUGAGCACCGGAAACUCAUCAUCCAGUUGUAUCAGGAGUUUGACCACCUCCUGGAGGAGCAGUCUCCCAUCGAGUCCUACAUCGAGUGGCUGGACACCAUGGUGGACCGCUGUGUUGUGAAGGUGGCAGCGAAGAGACAAGGGUCCCUGAAGAAAGUGGCCCAGCAGUUCCUCCUGAUGUGGUCCUGUUUCGGCACGAGGGUGAUCCGGGACAUGACCUUGCACAGUGCCCCCAGCUUUGGGUCUUUUCACCUAAUUCACUUGAUGUUUGACGACUACGUGCUCUACCUGUUAGAAUCCCUACACUGUCAGGAGCGGGCCAACGAGCUCAUGCGCGCCAUGAAGGGAGAAGGAAGCACCGCAGAAGUCCGAGAAGAGAUUAUCCUGACGGAUGCUGCCCCACCGACCCCUUCACCAGUGCCAUCAUUUUCUCCAGCAAAAUCUGCCACGUCAGUGGAAGUGCCACCUCCCUCCUCCCCUGUCAGCAACCCAUCCCCCGAGUACACCGGCCUCAGCACUACAGGAGCGAUGCAGUCAUACACGUGGUCUCUAACAUACACGGUGACAACAGCGGCGGGGUCCCCAGCUGAAAACUCCCAGCAGCUCCCCUGUAUGCGCAGUACUCAUGUGCCUUCUUCCUCGGUCACACACAGGGUACCAGUUUAUCCCCACAGAGAGGAGCACGGAUACACGGGAAGCUAUAACUACGGGAGCUAUGGCAACCAGCACCCUCCCCCGAUGCAGAGCCAGUACCCGGCCCUGCCGCACGAGGCAGCCAUCUCUGGGCCGCUGCACUACCCGCCGUACCACAGGAGCCCUGCCCAGUACCCUUUUAACAGCCCCGCUUCCCGGAUGGAGCCUUGUUUGAUGAGCAGUACUCCCAGACUGCAUCCUACCCCGGUCACCCCCCGAUGGCCAGAGGUGCCCACAGCCAACACGUGCUACACAAGCCCGUCCGUGCAUUCCACGAGGUAUGGAAACUCUAGUGACAUGUACACACCCCUGACCACGCGCAGGAAUUCUGAGUAUGAGCACAUGCAACACUUUCCUGGCUUUGCUUACAUCAACGGAGAGGCCUCCACAGGAUGGGCUAAAUGA